CGGCGCGCGAACACCUCAGACCACGUGACCAACGGGCGCACAAAGCCUUAUAACCGCCCGCUCUCACAAACACACCCAGCGGCUGCCCGUCUGUCUGACUGACUGACUGACUGGGCUCACUGUAGUUGACAUUGACAGGCCGGCGAACCAUCUGGAGAACAACAGCAUCAGCUGCUUCCAGUUGUGUUGGAGCAGCUGUGAGUGGAGACGGCGGCGGACUGGUUCUCUGCCAGUUCAGUUGAAUUGGGUUGUUGCGUCAUGGGUCGAUGUUCGUGCUGAGGAAAUCAAGAUGUCCUUUUGCUCGGCUUUAAUGCGGCGUCACCACACACCUCUCCACUGAGCAUCUCCACUGCCGCGAAGCAGCCAUGAAGUUGGCUUUGCACCGGAUAGCAGGCACCACCAUGAGCACAUUAACAACAGGUGUCCAGUAUCUCGGCUCCAACGACGCCAGCUACGACGACGCCUCCAGCGCCUCCAGCCUGAUCAAGAACAAUUUAAAUUUUGAGAAAUCUCACUCUGCCUCAAUCAGUCACUCCCUCCCCGGUCUCGUACCCGGAGAUAAGGAGGUCGUUUACAGAGGCUUCUCUCCGAUCUUCCCCACCAACGUAUCGGUCUUUUUACUCGGCAAUGGCACGUCUGCAGAAAGCGGAGGGUGUGGGGAAAACUUUGGGGACAACAUGGAGUGCUUCAUGAUUCUGACUCCUGGUCAGCAGCUCGCGGUCGCCAUCUUGGCACUCACCCUGGGUACAUUUACGGUGCUGGAGAACCUCAUGGUGCUGUGCGUGAUCCUGCACUCUCAGACGCUUCGAUCUCGGCCGUCCUACCACUUCAUAGCCAGCCUGGCUGUGGCUGAUCUGAUAGGAAGCAUCAUUUUUGUCUACAGCUUCCUGGACUUCCAUGUCCUCCACCGGAAGGACACCCCUAACGUUUUCCUCUUCAAGCUGGCUGGGGUCAUAGCCUCCUUCACCGCCUCUGUGGGAAGUCUGUUUCUCACUGCGAUCGACCGAUACAUCUCCAUCCACAGGCCCAUGGCAUACAAACGCAUUGUCACGAAGACAAAAGCAGUCGUUGCCUUCAGUUUGAUGUGGACAAUCUCCAUUGUCAUCUCACUGCUGCCGCUGCUGGGCUGGAACUGCAAGCGUCUCAACUCUGUCUGCUCGGACAUCUUCCCGCUGAUCGACCAGAAGUACCUGAUGUUCUGGAUCGGGAUGACGAGCAUCUUGGUCCUGUUCAUCAUCUACGCCUACAUGUUCAUCCUCUGGAAGUCCCACCACCACGCUGUUCGCAUGCUGAGCCGCAGCUCCCAGAGGAGUGUGAUUGUCUACACCGCAGAGGGGAAUAAAGUUCAGACAGUGAGGCCCGAGCAGGUCCGGAUGGACCUCCGCCUGGCUAAAACCCUGGUUCUGAUCCUGGUGGCCCUCAUCAUCUGCUGGGGCCCUCUGCUAGCCAUCAUGGUGUACGACCUCUUUGGGAAAGUGAACGACUUCAUCAAGACCGUGUUUGCCUUUUGCAGCAUGCUGUGUCUGCUCAACUCCACCGUGAACCCUGUGAUCUACGCCAUGAGGAGCAAGGACCUGCGCAGGGCCUUCCUCAACAUCUGCCACGGAUGCGGGGGAGCGACGCAGCCUCUGGACAUCAGCGCUGAGAGUGACUGGAACACCAGGAGUGUGAGAAGCGCAGCAGGCGGGGCGGGGAAAGAUGGAGCCACCUGUGGAAACACCCAAGUCAAAGUAGCCCAGGUUACUGUUUCUGGAGUGACUGAGCCUCACACUGUAGUGGCGGUUUGAAAGACGAGCGGCUCUUCUCUGGUACAACGGUGAACUAAAGAUGUUGUAGAAUAGCCCCGACCCUCCCAGUGCAAUGCUCUGUGACUGUGAAAUGUGCCAAAACAUGAGAAAACACACCUGAUGACAAGAUGUUAUUGCUUUAAAGCUGAAAUCUGUGAUAUUAAUACAAUCUUGUUUUGCUUCUGUCUUUACCCUUGAGAAAUGGUUUGUUAGGUUGCACAAAUCUGAUGAUCAAAAACUGCAAUAUGAUCUUAUUUAAUUCAGGAAAAUAAUAUGGUCAUAUUACCAACAACCAUAACAAAUGCAACAGACUUUUUCCGUUUGAAAAGUGUAGAUUUUUCUUUUUUUACUUUAAAGAUUUCAGCUAGAAUUUCCAUUGGAACUUGACCUUUUUUCUCACUUUAUAUCAUAGCAGUAUUGUGGCAGUAAUGCAAAGUAUAACUGUGUCUACCUUCAUGCUCAAUGUUAGUUUUUGAAAGACAGUACACUGCUUGUAGGGAAGAUUAGCAUCUCAUUAGUGAUUUGAAAUCAGCUACGCUGAUGGUUUUGUAAGACCAUGAUAUUGUGAAAAUUGGCUGUUAAUUCUAUCAAAUUUUAAUCAAUUUUAUUUUUUUUACUGUUCUUUGCAAAGCAAAUGGCGAGUCGUACUUAAUCCUAAGUAGUCCUAAAUAUGAAUGGCUUUUUGAUUAAAUCUGAACCUCAGUCUGCAGUGAUUUUGAAAUGUUACAUAGCUGCUUAUUACACGUGUUUGUAAGUGAGUUACAGCAUUUUGUGUGAAGCUACACUGGCACUCCUUGUGAAGCAUCCAUUGUGCCAUUUUGUUCCUUAAAGGUGUGUAAGCCAGGACUCGAGUCCACUGAACAUAUGACAUUUGUCUAUUUUUAUCAUUAUUGUUGUCAGCAUACUUGGUAUGUUUUUCUUUUUCAAUAAAAUCAUGAAACCUCAGCAAACCAGCAUGUCAGCUCCUGCAGCUAA